UGAAUGCGCCAGCCAGCCAGUGGGGUAAAGAGCAUGUUGAAGUCAUGUAAUCAAGAUAUGGCAAAGGCAAAGCUAGAAUCCAAGUCUCCUGACUCGCAGCCCGGAGUCCCUUUCCAGCCUUGUAGCCCAGACCAGCUCUCUGCUGUGAGAGGUGUUGGUAACGGAAGGGAAUGCCACUGCUCGCAGAACACAGAGUGGGGUGAAUGGGCUGCUCUGCAGCUGGAGAAGCCAGGAGGACGGUUUUUCGAAGGGGCAGCGUCUGUGAAUGGGUAGUAACUGCACAGGUGGCUGGGUCAGGGGAUCACUGAAAUCCCUCACAAAUAAGGGGCUGCGUAAUGGCACUCGCUGUUGAAGACCCAAGCUUCGUUGUAGGCACCUCCUAACUCUGAUCAUUUGUCCAUGAGAAAUAAACAGUAGGGGCUAGAAUCUGACCUCUCGAUGCCCAGGGGCUAGUAGGCUAUUGAGUAGCCUGGGAGGGCUGCUUGCGGGAUAGCAUACUAGCCCUCCGGCUUUGGGAGACCAGCAUCUGGCCUUUAAAAACCCAUUUCUCCUUUCACAAAUUAUAUAGGCCUUGCUAAACUGCCUGAGGUUUCACUUGGGAGUGACUGUAACUGACGAUGCUUUGCUAUUUCACCCCGGGUCACUCGUCCUGGAACGGAGAUGUUUCUUGGGCAUAGAAGACUGAUGCUACUGCAGAAACCCCUUCAUAGAAACAACGGAGUGAGAGUAAUUUACCAACCCCGAGCAUUCAAGAAACCAGGAGUCAGCACCCUCCCCCCUAAAAAAAUACAGGAUUGGCUUUAAAAAUCAUGAGAGCUCUGGUCUUUGAGCCUCUAGGGUUUGUGUUCCGUGUGCCACUGCGAGGGCUAGAAAAUCACUACGCUGAAAUUACUGCGUACUGGCAUGAUGCAGGGGGCCUGGGGCUUUAAGAAAGACCCCAGCACUGAGACUUGUGAUAAAAUCAUGAGAGCUGGCAACCGGGAGGUGAGUUUGGGUUCUCAGGUACAAUUGGGCCAGAUGCUAACACUGGAGCAGAAGUCAUGGAUGCUGCACCCCUCCCCACCAGUUAUUCCCAUCUCCUGUUGCACAGGAACUGACCGUGCAAGCACUGGGUCCCACAUGGCUACUUGUAAAAGAACAGCAUUAAGGCUGGCGAGCGGAGCGCAGGAACCCACAAGCUGGCAGGCUGGACAAGAGCAGGGAUCCAUCUACGCCAGUGGCCAGCCCCAGCUUUUUCAGAAGCUUCCCCACCCACGAGCUAUUAUAGGGUAACAUUUCCACCUACUCCAAAGGUCAGUUCAUGGCCUGACACAUGAGGGGUUAGGGCCUUUCCAAACUUGGAGAGGGGGGAGAUUGUUUUUAACUCAUGUAUGUUUUCAUUACCCACAGAAGUGUUCAGUCUUUUUGUGGGUCCAGCUGAGCUUGUGGCCUCAGUGGUGUCUUGUGGCAAUGAGUUCUGCAGGGUAACUGGGCCCUGUGUAAACCUUUACCUCAUAUUGCUUUUAAAUCUGCUGCUUUUCACUGAUUGAGUAGCAUCUUGUGCUCUGAAGGAUGCAUUGAAAUCACCUACCUGCCUUCUCUCUCCAGUCAUGUUGUAUUCUUUCAUCAUGUCCCUUUAUAUUUAUCUCCUAACAGCUCCAUCCUUUCCCUCAAAAGCUAGAAAAUGCCAGAAUUAAGCUUGCCCAUGUAACCUUAAUUCUGCCCUUGGUGGGUAUGAAUUGUGGGACAGUCUCUCAUUACAUGAUCAAACUGGCUCUCGACUAGGCUAUUUUCACUGCCCAGGAGAGGGAAAUGUAACCAGCAGUGUGCACGGUGAACGGUCUCUGAGAGCUCAUUUUAAUGCUAAUCUUGCGAUGCGUUAUCUGUAGACCUGGAUCGUUGUCUUUUUAAAUAUAUGUGACUUUUAGCUAAUUGGGACCCAAUAACUCCUGUGCUUGCAACAGCCCAUACUGAUAAACGUGCUGGAUCAGCGCCCUGGAGGACAGACUUCAGGGCCCCAGUCCCAGGGAGAAAGGACCUGUUUUGUCCUUGCAAAUGCACAGUUUAAAACAAGCCAGCAGGGAUAUUUCAGUCCCACGCAGGUGCUGUGGGACUGGAAUAUCCUUGUUAACACGCUGUGACACAUUAUCCGCCAUGCACACGGCUAAGCAUGUGACCCCAGGGCUUUCUGAACACUAACCGGCGAGAAGAGACCUCUGCACCGUGCUGGUCCCAGCUGACCUUGCAUGCUCAGAUCUUCCCUGUGCCAGGACACCAGAACCAGAAGCAGCUGCAGCACGCCAGCUGCUCCCAACCCCCAGUGUCAGAAGCAAUAACAGCACCCAGCAAAGAGCCUCCCAGAUUCAUUCAGCCCUCGCUGCCCCCAGGUUCCCGACAGGCUUGGAACGAGAGUUGGGAUGUUGGAGGUCAGGGGAGAAGGAGCAAACAGUUGUAACUUCAGGGAUUUGCUGUUUAAAGAAACAGACGCUAAAGCCCCUUCUUUGUCCCACGUUCCCUAGUGCUGGCAAUGUCCUUGCAAUAAGGAGCUUAGAGCUGUCUGAGCUCAGCCAGUUCCAAGGUUGCAGGAGCUUUUCUUCUGCAGCAGGGGAGGGGCGGCUGGCAAGUGGGUCACUGAGCCGUGGAACGGAGCCCUGGCCCGCUCUGGGCUGGGAGAAGCCGGGACCUGGAGCCAGUGGAUUGCACCAGCAGCUGACACCCCACUGCAGGCAUGAGCCUGGAGCCCCCCAAGCUGGAGAUCAAGUCAGCCACCAGGGUGACUGGAGGGCCAGCCACCCCCAGGAAAGGGCCCCCCAAAUUCAAACAGAGGCAAACCAGGCAGUUCAAGAGCAAGCCACCCAAGAAGGGGACCCAAGGGUUCGGUGAUGACAUCCCUGGCAUGGAGGGGCUGGGAACAGACAUCACCGUGAUUUGCCCCUGGGAAGCUUUCAGUCACCUGGAACUCCACGAGCUGGCGCAGUACGGCAUCAUCUAGCCGGCCUCUGAGCGUGUGUCUCAGGGCAGCCCACAGAGUGUCACUAUUUAUACAGAGAGGGCUGC